GCUUGAUUACUUGCUGCUCUCGACUUUUGCUGUCAGUGUGUUUAACAAAUUCCUUAACUUAUUAAAAACUCUUCAAAAGUAAAUCCAACAUGGGCCUGGCCGAGGCCGCAAACGAUAAGCCAUCCUAUUCGGUAUUCUUUGGCGCUAUGGGUGCGUUCUGCGCGAUUUGCUUCUCGUCCUUGGGCGCAGCUUAUGGUACUGCCAUAUCUGGUGUUGGCAUAGCCACAAUGGCUGUGCAGAGACCGGAUCUGAUAAUGAAGUCGAUCAUACCUGUGGUGAUGGCUGGCAUUAUAGCCAUCUAUGGCCUAGUUGUUGCUGUACUCAUUGCAGGCUCCAUCAAUAGCGAAUACUCCAUACAGAAGGGCUACAUACAACUUGGAGCUGGACUUGCUGUAGGUCUGGCUGGUCUGGCAGCUGGUUUCGCCAUUGGCAUUGUGGGUGAUGCAGGCGUGCGUGGCACUGCGACUCAGCCACGCCUAUUUGUGGGCAUGAUCUUAAUAUUGAUAUUUGCCGAAGUGCUGGGACUCUAUGGCAUGAUUGUGGCUAUAUAUCUAUAUACAAAACUUUAAUUAAAAUUGUGUGCAGUGCGAAUG